GGCGAGUUAUCGUUACUGGAAAAAAUAGUUUCUGUGCAGACCGAUCGCUUUUUUUCCAGACAUGGAAAUAACAGGAAUAACCAUUUGUGUUGGUAGCUAGUCAGCUUGCUAUGCUAGCAAGCUUGUUCACCCCUCCUACGUUAUCGUGGCUCUUCUGUGUUUUGAUAUAACAUUCACACACAUGACAGCAAACAGAGAAAUAGCCUUGCCUUAUCCAACCAGCUAUUGCAACACGCAAAAGUGGUUCCAAGUUAUAUUGUAUACAUGGCUGAGCGCCGAAGACGUGGAUGUCGAUUAUGGCACCUCUCGGUUAAAUACGAAAUACACAUUUCAGUUGAAUGCAUCCAGUUGUACAGCUGACUAGAUACCCCCCCUCUUUCCCGUCACAUAUUAGCUAGGUAACUGGGGCGGCAGGUAGCCUAGCGGUUAAGAACGUUGGGUAACCGAAAGGUCGCCAGUUCGAAUUCCCAAGCCGACUAUGUGCCUAAUCUUUCCUUAAGCAAGUCACUUAACCCCAGUUGCUCAUGUAGUCGCUCUGGAUAAGACAGUCUGCAAAAAAAAAGACAUGUGAAACUAGAAACAAAAUAGUUUGCCAGUUUGUCGUCCUAAAAACCGGAAAUGAGGUACCUCUGGUUGUCAUUCAUAUGGGGAAAUAAUACGGUUUUGGGAUGAACGCCAAGUCUGAAGUGUAGUACACCCACAGUGCGAUUUCAUUUUUUUGUUGUCAAAUUAACUGUUGUCUUUUGUUGAAUUUAUAUACAACUCUCCAACCUUGUUUAGCAUUACUUUGUCCAAAUAUGGCACGAUUCCACUAUUUGUAGCUGUUUACAUCACUUUUAAAUGGUGGGGCUUUAUAUUUGAAAGCCACCAGCAAAUUUCAGUUGUGGCUAAUCCUUAUUGUGGCUAAUUUCACAUGGUUGGUAAUUAGUCCAACAGCAACUGAAUUUGUCAGGGAGAUGUUUUAUUUGUUAGACAUAACCAUUAUUAACUGUAAUACAUGUUAUUUUAGAAACGCAUUAGCCCUAUACAUAGUAUGCCAAUAAUAUUAAUAAUUUACAUUUGGAUAUUGUCUUUAUUUAUGUAAUGAUAGACAGUAAAUGUCAGAAUCAUAAAUAUAAAUGUCACAUCAGUGUCCUAGUUGUGGUGGAAGCAAAGAAAAGAUUAUCUCAGACCCAACAUGACGACCAAAAUGGCUCCGCGCGUGUGCAUGUUGAGUUUGUCUAUCCCACUAGACAUGAUGAAAUAGGUUGAAAUAUCAAAACGAACUCUGAACCAACUAUAUUCAUUUGGGGACAGCUUGAAACAUUUAUCUAGCCAGCUUGCUGUUGCUAGCAACUUGUCCUGGGAUAUAAACAUUGGUUUGUUAUUUUACUUGAAAUGUACAAGGUCUCUUUUUUGAUGGAUCUUUGUAGAAUAUCGACCAAUUUUUAAUCACGUAAAAUUGUGUUCUCUCUACUCUGGCAAGGAGUCCACAGAUAAAGGGGAAACCUAUAUAGUUUCUAGUAAUCUCUCCUAGUUCAGUCUUGUGGGGGGGCUACAGGACAGGCUCGUUGGAAUGGAAUUAAUGGAACGAUAUCACACACAUGGAAACAACAUUUUUGAUUCUGUUCCAUGUAUUUCACUGCUGGAGCUGAGAACAAUGUAGCUGCCUGACUCGCCCUGCAUCCUCACCCUACCUUCCAACCUCCAUCUCUCUCCCUGAUUCCGUCUCUCCUUUCAUAAAACAAAACCAUAGAUUGUUAACUACCGCAUGUGUGUCAUGGAUCAAGAAUGAGAAACAUGGAGUCAAUUUACAUUUUUCUCAUCCUCCAUGCUUCGGUUUUGUAAUUUUUUUUUGCCCCUGCAGACAGGAAAUUCGAGACAUAUACAGGAUGCUACCCUCCACAGCAUAACAUUCACUCCAGAUCAAAAAUCCAAACCUACAACCUAAUUUUGGACUAAAGGACCUGGAAGGAUUAAUGCUACUAUCCAACCUGGAACUGAGACAGACCAGAUAAAACUUCAAUUAGCACUGACGUGUGAGGUGUCAAAGCCUUUGAGCCCAACAAAUGGCAGGCUACCCCACCCAAAUCCAGAGGCCUUGAAGCCCCCUCCUGCUGUUCAGAGACCAUCUACUGGCAUUUUCUACAAUAGAUCUGCCUCCAGAAAAAAUCUUCCAAGUGGGUGUGACACCUACUUCCAUUGCCUGCUGCACUGCUGCUUGGAUUCCACCUGGCGAUCUGUUUACCGUCUGUCCUGGUUGUCUCCCCCUGGUACAGGUACCACCCCCCUGAGCUUUCGCUCGCCUCCAGCUCACAGGCACUGUUGGGGCGAGUGACUCUGACCUUAUAAUGGCUAGUCCCAAGUCGUAAUUUUUUUGCUUGUGCAUUUUUGCUUUUUGUCUCAUGAUUCCUUCAUGCUUUGUUCACUGAACUUUCUUGUUUACCCAACCGUGGGACAGACUGUUUGUUCCCACACUCGGGACUCUGACUCUCUAUUGGUUACACGGACUCUUGGCCUCCCAUCCUAUUCUAACCACCUCUCGCCGGCUUUGUGUUCAUGUUACCGGAUGCAAUUGCUGUGUAAUAUGAUCUUGUUGCCAUCUGAUGCACAUUCAAAUGUAAUAAAUCAACACUGCAGAGCUCUCCCUGUCCUCUACCGUGCCUUGAUUUUAUUACUGUUGAUGAUAUCUGGAAAUGUGCAUGUACACCCUAUCUACUGUUGUUUGCCCCAAUUCUUGUGCUCUGAUAUCGGUUUCACUGAUUUCUACUCUUUUAAAAGCCUGGGUAUUCUGCACAUUAACACUAGAAGCUUAUUACCUAAAAUCGAUCAAUUGAAAGUGUGGGUUCACAGUUCCAAUCCAGGUGUUGAUCAUUACUGAGACGUGUUUAAGAAAGUAUUUUGAAUACUGAUGUUUAACCCUUUCUGGUUAUAACCUUUUUUGGCAAGACAGAUCUUUGCUUUAUCUUGGCCAGGUCGCAAUUGUAAAUGAGAACUUGUUCUCAACUUGCCUACCUGGUUAAAUAAAGGUAAAAUAAAAAAAUUUCAAUUUUCCAAAGUUGGAGUGGUAAUCUUUACCAAGAAUCACCUUCAGUCCUCAGUUUCCACCAAGUCUGUCCCCAAACAAUUUGAUUUGCUUAUUUUAAGCAUUAAACUUUCAAAUAGCUCUUUGACUGUUGCUGGGUGUUAUCAUUCCAUCUCUGAUUCAGAUGACCAUCUUAUCCAUGCUAGAUUACGGGGACGUAAUUUAUAGAUCGGCAGGUAAGGGUGCUCUCUAGCGGCUAGAUGUUCUUUACCAUUCGGCCAUCAUAUUUUGCACCAGUGCUCCUUCUAGGACACAUCACUGCACUCCUAUACUAUUCUGGUCAUCUCUGUACACCUGUCGCAAGAGCCACUGGUUGAUGAUUAUUUAUAAAACCGUCUUAGGCCUCAUCUACUGCAGCCCUCAUCCUCCACAUGCAACACCUGUUCUGCCAGUCACAUUCUGUUAAAUGUCCCCGAAGCACAGACAUCCCUGGGUCACUCAUCUUUUCACUUCUCUGCAGCUUGCCACUUGUGCUGUUUGUACCAUGUGUUGUGCUGCUACCAUGCUAUGUUGUCUUAGGUCUCUCUUUAUGUUGUCUCUUGUUGUGAUGUGGAGGCCUUUUGGUACGCUGUCAUUGUAAAUAAGAACUUGUUCUUAACCGACUUGCCUAGUUAAAGAUAUUCCAUUCCAGCCGUUACAAUGAGCUCGUCCUCCUAUAGCUCUUCCCACCAGCCUCCACUACUUGUUGGCAACCAACUUUAAGGUGCAUUACUGCAACUGACUGGAGUCUGAACCUCUCACCUUUCAAUUACCCACAUGGGUAUAUUCUCCUAAAAACCAAUGAUGAGAUAGUGAGGCGGGACUUGCAGCGUGUCAAGUGUCUAAAAAUAGAACAAAAUACAGCCCAAGUUUUAUAUAUUAGUGGCUGGAUAUAGACGCUCGCUUGAAAUGAUUGAAUAACAUGUAUGUGUACAUUUAUUUUGCAGCAAACGCAAUGCGUCCGGUGUGGUCAGCAUGUAACUAGUGCCUAUUGAAGAAUCUUUUUUCCUGGGGGACUUUUGUUUAGAAUUUCCCCGAUGCUCAUUCUGAACGUGAACACGCAUCACUUGCGGCUUCUUCCUAGGCUCCUAAGAAGAGUUGUUGGAGCAGGUUGUAAGAAGACCACCCAUGGAACUGAACGCUUGUUGGUACGGUGUCUGUUUACAAACCUGCCAAUCCGGAGUACUGCUUAGGGAAGCAUAGGAGGAGCAGCAAGGCCUCAUCCCUGAGAAUCUACGUUCUCCACCAUCUGAGAGACUGGUGUGACUCAUCUAGAGAGUCCAUCCACUGGGGAGCUCCAUGGUACAGGGCCCCUGAAGGGCUGGGACCAGCACUGAGGGCCAGAGGCAGCCGUGGCGAGAUGGGGUAGGGGCUGAGGACAGAGCCAUGGUUCAUGACGGCUCAGCCCCCCACACGCCGCCAGCACAGGUGGGCACCAAUGGCCGCUCUUCUGAGAGGAAGAGGACACCGAAGGCAUGUGACUGCUGUGGGCCCAACUCUAAGCUCCAUGAUGGGAAGGCCCCACAUGGGAAGAAUCCGGGUGGCAAGUCCCGACAACGCAGGGCCCAGCCGGGCAAGGGCCAGGCACUGGGGGAGACCCCUAAGAGAAAGUGUGGUCGCCCAUCUUAUAAGAAGACCCUGAUGACAGAGGAACAGGUAACAGCCAUCCGAGAGGAGCUGGAGAAAGACUCUGCUGUGGAGCAGGUAACAAACCCUUUAGCUUCACCUGUAACCAACUCUGUUGGUCAAACCUUAUUGAACUCUAUGGGUCAGAAGUUAACGUACACUAUGGUUAAACUGGUGAAUAAGUCUGUGGUUCAACCGGUAACGACAUCAGUGGUUGAGCAUUUUGCUGAUUCAAUAAUAGAGCAGGAGAGAGCCUGUGAAGGGGCUGUGUGUGAGGGGGAAAAGGCCCCUGGUUCAGUCAAACAGCCGGUUAUAGACCCUAAGAUGGAGGUCAUAAAGCAGCCCCUGACCCAGGCUGGUGACCCAGCUGUCUUCCUUUCCAACGGUACAUCAGCUGUCCCCAAAGAGGAACCAACACACUGUAGCGCCCCUAUGGAGGUGGAACCAUCAGCCAUAGCCUGUGUUUCCCCAGGCAUUAUUCUGUGCAGCACCCUACACACAUUUGCUCUGUGGGACCACCGAGAUUACUGCAAGAUAGGAGUGUGGGCUCAAAGACCUGAGCAGGGAAGUGCCACAGACCUAGCACAGCAGUCCCAGCCAUCACCACAACAACCCAAACCAGAAGAGGGCAUCCAUGAAGGAAUCAGAGACCUCAUUCAUGAGUUUCUGGAGCUCUUCUAUGUGACGUACGGGAGUUUCAUCCCCCUCAGUGAGACUGAUGUCUUGGCGCACCUGAAGAACAAGUGUAACACGGACUUCAUUGACCAGAAGCUAAACAUCCAUUUAGAAGUUUUGAAGUACAAAGCGGGUCUAGCCUCCAUCCCUAUGAGCUGCUUUAAAGUAGACUACAACAAGCACACUCUGACCCUGGAGGACCUGUCCACACUGGACGAUCAAAACUGGGUCAACGACCAGGUGAUAAACAUGUAUGGCGAAUUGAUCAUGGAGGCUACAGAGCACAAGGUUCAUUUCUUUAACAGCUUCUUUCACAGGCAGCUGGUUGCCAAAGGCUAUGAAGGGGUUAAGAGAUGGACCAAAAAGGUGGAUCUGUUUUCCAAGAGUCUGCUGCUGAUUCCUAUCCACCUGGAGAUCCACUGGUCCCUGAUCACAGUAGACAUGGCCAACCACCACAUCCACUACUAUGACUCACAGGGCAUUGUCUUCAAAUACACCAUAGAGAACAUCAUGAGAUACAUCCUGGCCGAGGCGAAGGAGAAGAAACAAGCUACCUAUCAGAAUGGCUGGAAGAUGAUUAUAAACAAGGGUAUUCCUCAACAGAAGAAUGACAGUGACUGUGGAGUCUUUGUAUUGGAGUACUGCAAGUGCCUGGCUUUAAAAGAACCGCUGCAGUUCACACAGGACGACAUGCCCAAAGUCCGCAAGAGGAUUUACAAAGAGCUCUGUGACUGUAAACUGAGUGACUGACUGACCACAGCUGAGAAAGUACACCGGCCUCUCCAGUGAACUGUGGGUUAACAACUGUUAUUGUACAAGGGCCAUUUAACACUUUGUUUUUAAACUACUGGAGCCAAGGAGAAACUGAAGGAAAUGCCGUAGAGACACGACAUUUGACUGGUGACAGUCUUUUCUCUCCUUCAGAGGAGGGCCAGCGGUGCAUAUUCUGCAAUAAUUGUAUUUUUAAAUGCCCAGUUUAAAAAAAAAAUUUAAAAAAUCUUUAACGGGAGGGGAGGGACCUGAGACUUUGAAUUCCUUUGGGAGUUGACGUCCACAAAGUUUCCAUUGUUGACUGCCUGACCUGGGUCUGGAGCUAAAGCUGCUGCUAUAAGGUUUCAGAUGCCAGUGACGGACCUAUAUGUGCUGAUACCGUUUCCUAACUUCAGUUCUUGAAAUGUAAAUGGCAGAUUAUAUGGGACAUUGGGUGAAAUUUGAAGGUUCUUGUUUUAUAUCAUGUAAUCUCUGCCUGACUAGUGCGGUAAAGAACAAGACUCAUCAAAGGUUAGCUUUUAAUUGAAUGUACCGUUUUGUCACUACUUCCACUCUCUUGGGCUAGAUUCCAUCUGUAUACCGGACGAUCCACAUUUUACAAAUUAAAGGUCAUUUCCAAUUGCGCUGACAUGCAGCAUUUACGUGGAUGCAGUCUCUGCAAACGCGGGAACAUUGUCUUGAAAUGUAAAUCGAGCUAUAACGUGGAUCUUUCCCGCUAGGGAUUGAAUUCAGCUCUUAGUUCUUGUGAAACUCCUUUGCAUCAAACAGCAGUUGAGACAGUUGAGCUUAGAUUCAAUGUGGAAGAUCCGAACUAUAGGGAGACUGCCUUUUUUUACAUUUCAAUGUUUCCGCAUUCGGUAAAUAUUACACGUGUCGGCUCAAUCAGAAAUUACAUUUACAUUGCGCCAUUACAUUGAUCUUUCAGGAGUUAAGUGGGAGAUAUUUAGUUACAAUUGGCAAUGCUACUCCACUGAAAAUGGCUUCAUAAACACUGCUCUUUCUACUUCUGUCAAAUACUGUACACCUUAUUGUUUUUGAACCGCAUAUCUUGACAUAGUGUACUGAGGAAGAAGUAAUGCCUUUUUUUUGUAUGAGGGGCUGGCAAGCUAUGGUUCUCAUUGGAGGACCACCAAGCACUUGAGCUGACUCAGUUGGCAUCAGUUACCCAUCUGAGGGAGCUGGUCCACAGACUGGGUGUAGUUGGGGAAACGCUGCUGUCGAACAUGCUGAAUGAAUCCAUCUAUACUGUCAUCCAUUUCAUUCCAGCACACUAGGUACCAUUAGAGAUCAUGUUCACAGCAUUCUCUGUACUAGGGUUAAAUCUGUUUAAUCUUCGUUGAGAGAGACUUUCUGGUUUUUAUUUGAUAUUGUUCCUGAUUUUAAGCUGCUGUGGUAGAACCUAAAAUAUUGUAUUGCAAUUUGUUGAUGUAAUACAGGGUUAUACUUACAAAUAGAUACCCAGAAGGGUUAAAUUGGGAUUCUCUAGAUGUGAAAACUGUCCUCAAAAUGUCAUGUUAAUAGAAGUUCCCAAUGUAUGCGUCUCAUCCUAAACGGUGGCACAGUUUCCUUUCUAAGUUGACUCCUGAAUACAUUCAUACAAACACCA